AACGAAACGCGUUGAAGGUGUUCUUCUCAAAUUUGACAGUGGGUCAGAAUGGAGUUUUGGACCAGCACAUUUUGAGAAUAUGUCGAACAUAAGAUUCCUUCGAUUGGAUCAGGCGAACCUCGAAGGAAAUUUUAAGGGGCUUCUGUCAAGUUUAAGAUGGCUCCAUUGGCAAGGUUGUCCUCGGAAUCUUGGUGCUCAAAAUUUGGAUUUGGAAAAGUUGGUUAUUCUAGAUCUUUCCUGGAGCAAGGUCCAUGAAAAAUGGAAUGGUUGGAGUGAAAUCGAGAAAGCCGGGAAUUUGAAAGUUUUGAACCUCACCGGUUGUGUUGACUUGAUCAGAACUCCAGACUUAUCUCAUUACAAACGUCUAGAGAGAUUGAUUCUUGAAAAGUGCAAUCGAUUGGUUGAAAUCGGUUCAGUAAAAAGUCUGGAGAGCUUGGUUUCACUGAACUUGAGGUUUUGCACUGAACUCAAUAAGUUGCCUGAAGAGCUGGGUUUCCUCAUGUCCUUGGAAGAGAUUCUUAUAGAUGGAACUGCUGUUCAAGAAAUUCCUGCCUCCGUCGGUCAUUUGAAAAAUCUUACAAGAUUCAGUGCCCGCAACUGUCUUUCAUCGAUCCAGCUGCCCGAUUCAAUUAGCCGUUUAAUUGAAGCGGAAAGCUCAUCCGAGGUGGAGGUUAGCAAACCGAUAAUACCGAACAUUCUUCCUCUAAGGGUGUCGACCGCAAAUACGAAGGAAUGUUAUAAGUCACCCUUUCACGAUCCCGGCAGAACGCCGGUAUAGCUACUCCAUCAUCCAGACAAUCGCUUUACCUUCUCCAGUCUAAUUUGGACACGUAGAGAGAUUGGCGGGAUUUGCCUUCCACCACUAUCACCUGCCAGCCUUAUAGAGCCACUACUCGGGAUCUGCUCCUUCCUUCUUAAGAUUGUAUUUUUACCUCUCUUCUUCACCACAAUCCUCUGGAGAACAUUUACCUAUUCCUGGACUUGGAUCUCCUUCUGCUCGUUGAACUUGCAAUUCGCCCAAGAAUCAAUCUCCAACGUAUUCACCUUCCGCGUUUCUAUCUGGCUUUGAUCAACUCCGGGAAGAUGAGGAUAACGGCAAUUAUCCUUGCUUAAUGUUGACUAAUUAUGGAUGAUAUUUUUAAUCGGCAUGU